AUGAUGGUAAUAUCACUGAAUACCUUGGCGGUUAUGAUACCUGGAAUAGUACCGAAGAAGGUAAUCCUUGUCAAGGAGAAGGUUGAAAUUAAUACUCCUCUCACCGCCGCCAAUUCUCGCAUCGCGAAAAAGCCCUAUGUCUUUUAUGCGACUAAAAGUGCUCUUUUCAAGGUGAUGACUUACAACAACAGCAAAUCAUCUGAGGUUGUGGCUUAUGUCCCCGGCACCAAGUUGGGCGCUAUCGGUUUCGGUGGGAAGGUCCACCUCUUCCAGAAACCCCCUCGAGCACCCGACAAUUAUUUGAACUAG